UAAUUUAGCCUGGCAAGAGUUUCCUCUUUUUUUUUUUAAAGCAACUUAUUGCACUCCACACUACUUGCUAACCUCUCUCAUGGACCUUUUAUAUUUGGAAAAGAGCCUUCCUCUCUCACUCACUCACUCCCUGUAAUCCGUUAGCUUGAGAGCUGCCUGCAUUUCUUUCUUUCUUUCUUUCCUUUCUUUUUUUUUUCUUUAAAAAAAAAUCUCCUUCUUUCUCUCUCUCUCUCUCUUUCUCUUUCUUCCCCACCUCCUCCAGCUGUGGCUUUAGGAAAAGCUUUGCCCUCAAAAGUCUGGAGCACUUUCUGACAAGAGGAAAAACAAAAACGAACUUGGGGCAGCCAAGAGAAAAAAAAUCACACACACAACCCACUUUCACAAAGGUGCAAUGCAAUAGAGAACUGGCAUAUGCUGAAGGACGAGAUCCUGCUUCAAGACGCCUUAAACAUCCCCCGUCCUCACUGCCUUCCAGAGAGCGGCUGAGGAUGACCACGAAGGACCCUGGAACCUCUCUUGCAGUGGCAUAAGUGGUGGCUCAAAGAAAGAAAUGUUGGGGCAGAGUCGGUCAACUUGGUCCAACCCAGCUGACACUAUAAAGAGUACUGCCGCCCAAGAUGGCAACGGUCUGGAGAUUUCUCACCUGGACACUUGUCUCUACCAUGUCUACAGGCAACCUUCCUGGCUACACCUUUCAGUCACAAGAAGAAUUUCUCUCCAACCUCAGCCACUACGAGAUUGCCUUCCCUAUCCAGGUGGAUCAGAAUGGUGACUUCCUCAGUUUUGACAUCAAAAGCCAUCGGAAAUGGAGGUCCCGCCGGAGUGCAGGCCACCCCUCCUACGACACGCCUGAACAGCACGUGUUCUACAAGGUCUCUGCUCACCGGACCCAAUUCCUUCUCAACUUGACGUUACACACCAACUUGCUGGCGAGGCGCUUUCGAGUGGAGUAUUGGAAAAGAGGCGGAGUAGACUACCAACAUGAGUUCCAUGAAGAUUGCCACUAUGCUGGUCAUUUACAAGAUGAGUAUCUGAACUCAAAAGUUGCUAUCAGUAAUUGUAACGGUCUGCAUGGUGUGAUAAUUGCAGAAGAUGAUGAGUAUUUUAUUGAACCCCUGACACUUGGGGACAAUAUCAGUGAGGAACAAGGAAGAGAAGGAAGCCCUCAUGUGAUCUACAAACGAUCGUCUCUCCAGCACCCACAUAUGGACACAGCUUGUGGUGUGUUAGAUGAGAAGCCAUGGAAAGGUAGACCCUGGUGGUUGCGGACACUGAAACCCUCCCCUUUGAAGACCCUGGGCAACUUUUCUCAAAGGGGACAACUGCCUCUGAAGAGGUCAGUCAGCACUGAGCGUUAUGUGGAGACUCUUGUGGUGGCUGAUAAGAUGAUGGUGGGCUACCAUGGCCGGCGAGAUAUAGAGGAAUACAUCCUGGCUAUCAUGAAUAUUGUUGCUAAACUUUUCCAAGACUCAAGUUUGGGCAAUAUCGUGAACAUUCUGGUAACCCGCCUUAUCCUGCUGACAGAGGACCAGCCAUCCCUGGAAAUCAACCAUCAUGCUGGGAAGUCCCUUGACAGCUUUUGCAAGUGGCAGAAGGCUAUUGUGAGCCUCAGCAGUGAUGGGAAUGCCAUUCCUGAGAACGGCAUCGCUAACCAUGAUACUGCGGUUUUGAUCACCAGAUAUGAUAUUUGCAUUUACAAAAACAAACCCUGUGGAACUCUAGGAUUGGCCCCUGUGGGUGGGAUGUGUGAACGUGAAAGGAGCUGCAGCAUCAACGAAGACCUCGGCUUGGCCACAGCUUUCACCAUUGCUCAUGAGAUAGGCCACACGUUUGGCAUGAACCAUGAUGGUGUUGGAAAUAGCUGUGGAGCCCGGGGACGGGAGACAGCUAAACUCAUGGCAGCUCAUAUUACUAUGAAGACCAACCCCUUUGUGUGGUCAGCAUGCAGUAGAGAUUAUAUAACCAGCUUCCUGGACUCUGGAAUGGGACUCUGCCUGAAUAACGCUCCACCCAAGCAAGACUUCAUCUAUCCUACAGUGGCUCCAGGACAAGCCUAUGAUGCAGACGAGCAAUGCCGGCUUCAGUACGGAACAAAAUCUCGCCAGUGUAAAUAUGGGGAAGUUUGCAAUGAGCUGUGGUGUCUUAGCAAGAGCAACCGGUGUAUUACCAACAGUAUUCCAGCUGCAGAAGGGACCAUAUGCCAGACUAACACCAUUGAAAAGGGGUGGUGCUACAAGCGGGAAUGCGUACCUUUUGGCAUGCGGCCAGAAGGGGUGGAUGGAGCAUGGGGCACCUGGUCACCCUGGGGAGAGUGCAGCCGGACCUGCGGGGGAGGUGUUUCCUCAUCCACUCGCUAUUGCGACAGUCCAAGGCCAACCAUUGGAGGAAGGUAUUGCCUAGGGGAACGAAAGCGCUACCGGUCGUGUAACGUUGAUGAUUGUCCUCCUGGGUCAAAAGACUUCCGAGAGGUUCAGUGUGCAGAAUUUGAUCACAUCCCCUUUCGGGGCAAAUUUUAUACUUGGAAGACGUACCGAGGGGGUGGUGUCAAGUCCUGUUCACUCAACUGUUUGGCGGAAGGUUUUAACUUCUACACAGAAAGGGCUGCAGCUGUGAUUGAUGGAACGGCCUGCCGCCAGGACUCCCAUGACAUCUGCGUCAGCGGAGAGUGCAAGCAUGUGGGCUGUGACCGCGUCUUAGGCUCAGAUACUAAGGAGGACAAAUGCCGGGUUUGUGGAGGAGAUGGGACCACCUGUGAAACCAUCGAAGGGAUCUUCAACCAUUCACUGCCUGAUGGAGGCUAUGAGGAGGUGAUACUGAUUCCCAAAGGAUCUGUCCACAUUGAUAUUCGGGAACUUAACCAUUCUCUGAGUUAUCUUGCUCUGAAAGGAGAAAAUGAUGAAUAUUUUGUCAACGGGAAACUUUCGAUCGACCCUCCCCGGCGCUUUGACAUUGCCGGAACCACAUUCCACUACGGGCGCUCUCAGGAUGAAGCAGAGUCUCUCGAGGCCCUAGGCCCAAGUAACAUCACCCUGAUUGUUAUGGUUCUUGUGCGAGAAGAACUGCAGAGGAUCCGAUACAAGUUCAAUGCACCCAUUGUUCGCAAUUCCAUGGCCCACUUAGGGGGGAAAACCCUACCGUUUUCUAAUGUUGGAGAUUUUGCAUCCUCACUCAGCCUCCCCCAUCACCCCACAGGCAGUCAAGUUCAACCCGUUGUAUGCAGGAAUCAAGCUGACAGCUCCACGGUGCUCAAUCAUUUCUGCAACCCUGAAACCAAGCUACCGGAGAGGCAGCGGCCAUGUAACACUGAGCCAUGCCCGCCAGCUUGGGUGAUCGGGAACUGGUCCGAAUGCAGCCGCAGUUGCAAUCAGGGAGUGCGGACCCGAAGCGUGAUCUGUCAGCGCAAAAUCUCCACCACAGAUGAGAAAACUCUGGAUGAUUCCUCUUGCAACUUGCCACGGCCUCAUGUGCUGGAACCCUGUAAUAAUCACACCUGUCCUCCAGAAUGGGUAACCCUUGAUUGGUCUGAGUGUACUCCAAGUUGUGGACCUGGUUUCCGUCAUCGCGUUGUCCUUUGCAAAAGUGGCGACCAUCGUGCCACGCUGUCUACCUCCCAGUGUCCCGAGAGCUCCAGACCCCCAAACACCAUAAGGUGCAGUCUUCGGCGCUGCCCACCCCCACGGUGGGUCACUGGCGAAUGGGGAGAGUGCUCUGGGCAGUGCAGUUUUGGCCAGCAGAGGCGUUCUGUCCAGUGCGUGACCUACACAGGACAACCAUCUGGGGAAUGUGUGGAAGCCCUGAAGCCCUCAUCCAUGCAACAGUGUGAAAGCAAGUGUGACUCUGGACUGAUAGAAAACCCUGAAGAAUGCAAAGAUGUCAACAAGGUUGCCUAUUGCCCUUUGGUGCUGAAAGCUAAGUUCUGUGGUCGUUCAUACUUCCGGCAGAUGUGUUGCAAAACCUGCCAGGGCCAUUAAACGGAUACAUGUCCAUUUGGAACUGCAGGAAAACUGGAAAGGCCCAGGAGGGGAGGAGACAGCUGCACCAUUUUCCCAUCUCCACCAAGAUCAUCAGUGAAAAAGCCAGCACCAUAGGCUUUGGUGCUCCCAGAAACCAAAGAAAAUCUCUAUCUUCCCCAUUGGCUAAGGACCGUUAUUAAACCACUGCUGAAAUGUGCCCUGAGGCAGACAGUGGGCAUAUCAGGCUAGGAAGUACUACACGGAGGCAAGAGGGAGGCCGAAUGGAUGGGAAAGCACAUUUAAGCGCAUUACUUGAAAUGCUAAACAUUUGUAUUUAUUUUAUUACACAGCUAGGUACCAUGAUUGCUGGCCAACUGCACUAUCACAGCAAUAACCCCCCACUGCCCAACAGGGAAGGAAAUUCAAGGCACCAGCGCCCCACCGACAUGUUUUAGACCUUGCCCCCAAAAGCAGUGCUUGAAAUUUCCUCAUAUGUAGUGCCGCCUUACAGGCAGGCCUUUGGCAGGGUUACAGAAUAGGGUGGAUAAAAGAACCGAAGAGAGAAGUGGAUGGAAUCACAAGCCUACUAUCAAACGGUAGAGCAAAGAUGCAUGGACUUCAACUCCCAGAAUUCUCCAGCCAGCAUGCAAUCCCAGUAUUUGGGCUGGCUGACAUUGCUAGCUGAAGAAUUCUGGGUGUUGAAGUCCACACACGUUAAAAUUUCCCAAAAAUCCUGUAGAACAGAAAUCGUUGAUUUUUUUUUUUCUUGUACACAACACAAGAGAUUCCAUAAAGCUCACUUGGUUUGUGAGUUUGUUCUUGUUUUAGCUUUCUAAAAGAAGGGAAAAGACAAAUGAAUGACCUCCAAGGUCCCUUACAACUCUAUUAUUAUUCUGUAUUCUGAAUUUCCUUACAGGCAUUGGAUCAUGCGUGAGGAAUUUUAGUAGUUUUCUUUCAAAUGUAAGAAGUUCAGUCGCAAUCCUUUAUUAUCACAAAGUGAAUGUUAGCAGCCAAAAUACAUAUAUGGGAAAAGGAAAAUCCUGUUUGUUUAUCUGGUUUUUAAUUUGUUUGCUAAUACCUUGAAUCUGUGCCAAAUUUAGAAUUCUUUUUAAGGUGCAUGUUUUAAUGAUAUUUGUUGUGAUUUUUCCAUCCCCCUUAUCACUCUCUUUAACCCCCAGCUUUUCAACUGAGAGUAGCAAUAAUUGGUGCUAUGGUUUCAAUGUAACAUCACUUUAGCUUAUUUUUAUUCUGCCAUAGAAAAUUUAUUAUUGAUUCAGAUGUAAUCCAUGUUUUUUAUUUUUGUUUUAAUUGCAGGAAUGACUUCUUUAUGUGACAUGGAGUGUGUAUGUAUGAAAGCCCUGUAUGUUUUAUUUUGUUUUAUUAGUUGAAAAAUGUUCAAGGCAAAUACUGCUCAAAUAGAAUUCUGAGUCACAUGCAAUUUAAUUUCCUUUUUUUUAAAAAAAAAAUCCAUGUAUAAACCAUAAUUUCAAAUGCUUUCAUUCAUCCACCUUUCCUCCCUAUUAUCUAUCUUCCUACUACCGUAUAUAUAUGGACAUAAAAUAAAAUGCUUUUCUUUAAAAAAUGAUAUGUCAUGUGACGCUAUAUUGAUUGUGUUUGUGUAGUGUUUUUCCAAUUCAUUGUAGCAUUUCAAAAUACUACACAAAUAGAAUCCUGACAUACCGGUACAUAGAGCAGCAAUCUUCAUUUUUUAAAACUGUAUACAUGCAAAUAAUUAUGUAUUGCUAGGAUAUAAAAGACAAAAUCAAAAUAGACUGUAAUUUUCAGUUUCUCUGAGGCUCAUUUUUGUAAUUCGGUCAAUUUUAUUUGACUCAUUUUCUGUCUUUCAUUUUUCCGGGUUUUUUUAUUUGUAAACUUUAUACUUCCAAACAAUUUUGAGGUUUUUGUUUUUUUUAAAAAAUACACUAACAUUUGUUAAAUUUUUUUGAACAUCCACAUUUGUUUGCAAAUGUAUAAAGUAUAUAGUUUUGCAAGCCAUUUCCCCAUAUUGCAUUUUUCUAUAUUACUUUCCAGAGAGGCGUUUUGAAUGAAAUAUUUUCCAGUAUUUUCUAUGAUCCACAAGCUUCAUGGCUCAGAAAAAUACAAUUUUCACAACUGGGAUUUAUUUCUUGAAUUUCUUUUCCAUCUCUAAUCAUGACUGGGGCUACGUGUGUGCAAAUGUGUUUGUGUGUGUACACAAUGUUUGAUCAAUGCAUACAUCUGCACAUUUAUAACUGUUGGCUUUGUAUUGAAUGGUCUUAGGGGCAAAACUCUUUGGAUAAUAAUGGGUAUUUAUUAGAUUACAUAUUUUAAAGAUGGUAAGCCAGUCCUAUAAUAUUGAUUCUGCAGAGGGGAAUUCUAUCCUGCUUGCUUCAUGUACAGAUAGGUCCUUACCCUUAUGACCAUUGCAGUGUCACCACAGUUAUAGGAUCAAACUUUGGUCUCUUGGCAACUGGCAUGUAUUUAUGAUGGUUGCGGUGUCCCAGGAUCACUUGAUCACCAUUUGCAAACUUUCCCAGCCAGCUUCCAACAAGCAACAAGAAAAACCAGAUUCAUUUAACGAAAAAUGUUGUAAAAUUGGACACAACUCGCUUAGCAACUACAUCACUUAUCAGUUGUCCUAACUGUGGUCAUAAAUCAAGGACUACCCGUAUUCUAGGAGGAAAAAUACAAAAACAGAAAGCUGCUUUAUCCACUUCUCUACUGUUUUAGCAAUGCUUCCAGGUGAGCUAAAAUUAAAGAGAAGGAUUCAGAUCAAAACACAACAAAGGUGGUUUGCUUGUCCCUACCUAUAUCAUCCAUGGAAAGGGCUCCAUGGAGGUCUUUAGUAUUAUCCUUUUUAUAAUCUAAUGAGGACAACCCUUAAUGCAGAAGUGUCGAACUCGUGGCCCGCGGGCCAGGUGUAUCAUACGCUGGCCACACCCAUGCCCUGUUUAGCAAAGGAGGAAAAAGUUGCAAUAUAUCACGUAUCGACGCGAGUUUGACACCCCUGCCUUAAUGGGUCCCUUGGGUCUGUGUUGAAAUCAAACUCCCCUAACCCUAAGAAUUAGCAUAACGGAUGGCCCUGAGUUGGUCCCUCCCAGAUACGUUGAGAAAGUGGUUUAUUGUGCAAGGAUUAUGUGGAAUUUCACUCAUUUUGUGCUAUUUAUUUUUGUCUCCCCUUGACAUUUCACCUGAGUUAAAACAAAACAAAAAAUCUGGAUACAGUUCAAAUGUUAGAUCGAUGAUAACCAGCAUUUGACUAGAAAUAGGAAAAUGACAUAUUUAGAAUAAGAACAGAAUAGAAUAGAAUAACAGAAUCGGAAGCAGUGGUGAAAUCCAAAUGUUUUUACUACCGGUUCUGUGGGCGUGGCUUGGUGGGUGUGAUGUGGCUUGGUGGGCAUGGCAGGGAAGGAUACUGCAAAAUCUCCAUUCCCACCCCACUCUGGGGCCAGCCAGAGGUGGUAUUUGCUGGUUCUCCGAACUACUCAAAAUUUCCGCUACCGGUUCUCCAGAAUCUGUCAGAACCUGCUGGAUUUCACCCCUGGUCGGAAGGGACCUUGGAGGUCUUCUAGUCCAACCCCCUGCUUAAGCAGGAAACCCUACACUACUUCAGACAAGUGGUUAUCCAACAUCUUAAAAAUUUCCAGUGUUGGACCAUUGCACUGAUUCCACUGAUAUUCAUAUACAUGAAAAUAUUUUCAAGUGUUAUUUUUUAAAAAAAAUCUUUGACUUUUCAGUACUUGGUAACUCGCCUGAGGACAAAUCCUUAAAUGUUCAGCUUUGGACUAUAGUGCAAUAAGAAAAUAUGAGGUAACUUCCUAUUCUGAGGUCAUUCCUGUACAAGCAAAGAUCCUUCUCCCAAUAUACAAGUAGCCUUUGCUUACUGGCUCCCUUGUUUAGUAACUGUUUGAAGUUACAACCACUGGAAAAAACACCUUGGCCCUAAUCCUCACAUUUAUAGUCAUUGAAGCUCCCCCGAUUAUGUGAUCACCAUUUGCGAGCUUCACAACUGACUUCAGACAAGAAUUAAUGGAAGCAUGGAAGUGAAAUUUCAGGUCAUAUUCACAUGAUGUCUCGCUUAACAACCAUGGUGAUUCGCUUGGGAACAAAAAUGACAGAACUCUGGCGCAGUCACGUGACAUUUCCCUUAGCCACCCCAGCACUUAGCAAUGUUGUUGCCAUUCCCAGUUAUAGUCACUAAGUGAGGAUUACUUGUAAUCAUUCUGAUUGCCUCGCAAAAGAUGUUUUAAAUGAUGUAUGUGAUUUUUACUUCUGCUCAGAUAGGGAAUUCUGUUCUGAUGCUUGCAACUUAAGAUUUUAUAUAUAUAUAAUUUCAUACAUAAAUAUACACAGAUGUAUUAUUAUAAUUAUUAUAGAAAUUGUUUAAAAUCUUAUUUCCAAGCUGAAAGCAUUUGAAAGACAGAGGGAGAAAUUACAGCAUGAGUUUUAUAAUAAAGGACUACCUACCAGCCCAA